AAAAUUAAAGUCCUUUCUCGCGACAUUUCAGAGUACACGCGCGAAAGUCCACAGGACAUUCACAAAAUUAAACGAAAUUUUGAUUCCAAAUUGCACCCAUUUGAAAAAGCAGUCGAGUAUACAAGGGCUCUUAAUGCUGUAAAAUUGGAAAGACUAUUUGCAAAACCAUUUGUGGGGGCUUUGAGUGGUCAUGGCGAUGGUGUUUAUUGUAUGGCCAAACAUCCCAAAAAAUUGGCAACUAUUAUUUCAGGGAGUGUUGAUGGAGAACUGAGGAUUUGGGAUUUAGCAGAACGAGAAAGUGUAUGGAAAGUAACUGCACAUAAAAGUUCUGUCAAAGGGAUUUGUUGUAGUGCUUUAAAUAUGGGAUUAUAUUUUUCAUGUGGAACUGAUAAAACUGUAAAAAUAUGGAAUCCUGAUGAAAAUAACGAUGAGCCAGUAAAUACAUAUAUUGGAAAAUCUGCAUUUAGUGCGAUAGAUCAUCAUCGUUCAAAACCAAUAUUUGUAACCUCUGGUUCGCAAAUUGAAGUGUUCCUCAUUCUUUAA